UUACUUAGUUACUCUCGUAACCAGCUCCAGCAGUUCAAGUUCAACCUGCGGUUGAGACGUGUCGAUUCCGUAGUAACUUUGGACUUGAAUAAUCUUUACCUCAAGAAGUAUUUCUACAUCUCGUGGAAUCCAAUUCUUGUGUUUAUUUGUUAAUAACUAUCAUUCCAAGAUGCCUAAUAUCAAGCUCAAGAGCUCUGAUGAUCAGGUCUUUGAUGUGGAUGUCAAAGUGGCUCAACAAUCAGUCACCAUAAAAACCAUGUUGGAAGAUUUAGGUUUUACAGAAGAGGAGGAAGAAGAGCCAAUUCCUCUUCCAAAUGUUGUUGGUCCAAUCCUUAAGAAAGUCCUUGAAUGGGCCACAUAUCACAAAGAUGAUCCACCUCUCGUUGAAGAUGAAAACUCUGAAAAGCGUACUGAUGAUAUAUGUGACUGGGAUAUGGAGUUUUUGAAGGUUGAUCAAGGUACACUGUUCGAGCUGAUCCUUGCUGCAAACUACCUUGACAUUAAGAGGUUGCUGGAUGUCACUUGUAAGACUGUUGCCAAUAUGAUAAAGGGCAAGACACCAGAAGAAAUUCGUAAAACAUUCAACAUAAAAAAUGAUUUUACUCCUGCUGAAGAAGAGCAGGUCCGCAAGGAUAAUGAAUGGUGUGAGGAAAAAUAGUAUUGAUGUUCAUUUGAUUAUGGCACAUUAUUUAUUAUCUCAUGAUUUAUAAGUAAAAUAUUUUCUUUUUGUUCAUCUUUGAAAAACGUAAAAGUUGCACGGAUAAAAUUCAUCCAGCAUAACAUUCCUAUAAUAUUUUUAUACUUAACAUAACGUUGUUCUCAAAAGUUUCCGUGUUUUAAUGCAAGAUUGUGGUUAAAAAAGGUAUGAAAGUUUACAAGUACAGUUUCAAAUCUGUGGAUAAUAAUGUAUUUAGUGUAAAAGAACUAUAAUAUUAAAAACUAAUAAAGUUGAAGUAAUUUUUCGUAAUUGUCUUUGCAUAAGUACCUGAAAGAAUUUCUAUUGAAAAUGCUUAUUCUUUUAAAAUUUUGAGAAAUAUUAUCUGUUCAUUCAAUCUAUAAAUAUGUGCUACAUUGUUCAUUAAAGUCUGUCGAAUUUUUAUAAUAGUAAUUUUUAAUGCAUAGUGUUGUACAAAAUAAUACAAGUAUUAAUAGUUGUACACUUGCAAUAUUUGUAUUGGUAAACAAUAUAUUCUACCAUAGCUUCAACUUUUGAAUCAAUAUAUCUGUUACAUAUAUAUAAUACAGUGAAAACAAUCAGAUUAAUAUAAUAUGAAAGAAAUUUGUUAGCCUAACUACCCAAAUGAUCAUCUUGUUAUCAAACAACAGAAUGGAAUUGUGCUUAUAUAAUCAAAUAUUGUGUGCUACUAUUUGCAUAAUUAUUAUUUUUUUUUCUUUUUGUCAUGCACAAUUCGUCGGGUAAUAAAUAAUAGAUGAAAAAUUAUUUACGUGGUCAUUUAUUUUAUUUUUCCCGUAGUAGGUAUUGUACUUUAAAAGUUUGAUAAUAGUGAAAAUUGAACUUUGCUAUUAUAUUUAUUGUUAUGUCAGUUAAGGACGUUCUCACGUUCAGCGUUUGUCAAAGAGAGCUCCGUCCAACGAAAAAAGCAUCGGUUGCAACUCGUUCGCUUGCAUUUUGAAAGUUAUAGAUGGAUUAAAAAAACUUUGACAAUAAUUUAGGAAUACUUCUAGAACCAUAAAGUUUCUAUUAGUUUUUUUCACAAACCGAUAAGUAUUUUUAAUUGUUUAUAAAAUAAUAUAAUCUCGGAAGUUAUGAAAUGACUAAUUCCAAUCGUCAAAAGGCUAUUAUAAAUUUUAAUGCAUCGGUCGCUUCAGAGCUAAAUAAACGUUAUUUUAUCAAAGUUUUUCGAUUUUUUAAAUAAGUUUUCUAUGUUAAUUUCAAUUAGAAAAACAACGUAGAACGCUUUUUUACAAAAUUGCAAAACUUUAACAAAAUAAAUUAUUUUGAGAUCUGAAAUGAUUGAUGCAUUAAAAAAAGGAGGUAACGAUGCAUUUACAAAGAUUAUUAACAAAAAUGUGCUAAAACAUCGGUGCGAUGUCGUUCCAUUAAAUCACUUUUAAAACGUUUUCCAAAUAAUAUUAAGACUUCAAAUUUGACACAUACAUUUUUGGAACUUGAGAAACAAUGUAGUAUUAAAAAAAUUUCUUUUUCAAAAAUUUGUUACAGACUUUUAACGAUUCAAAUUACUCAUUUCAUAACUUUCGAGGUUAUAAUUUUUUAUAAACAAUUAAAAAUACCUAUCGGUUUGUGGAAAAGACUAUUACAAACUUUUAAAUUUAAAAAGUUCUUUCUAGAUAUUUUCGCUUAAAUCCAUCUAUAAAUUUUAAAAUGCAAGCGAGCAUAACUGAUGAAACGCUUUUUUUUGCGUGGAGUACUCUUUGACGACCGUUAAGCAAGAGAACGUCCUUAAAUCAUUAUUUCUUUUAACUUGAUAAUAGUCCUUCGAUAAAAGAUAUUGUACGUGUGAAAAAUUUCAAUAACUGUAACUUUAUUUUGUCAAUAUCGAAACUCAGAUUAUAAUGUCUAACUUUUUAACGUUAAUUGAAAAACGAACUCAAUAAAUUAUAUG